CACCAACUCAAUCCCACUUCACUACUAUGCCCCUCCCCAAUGAACCAAGAUGACAACCCCGGACAGCGAAAACUACCAAAUCUUCCGCGACUGCGUCUCAAGCGCCAUCGUCGCAAAAUCGUCCCAACCCACCCCUCAAUCCAAAAAAGCGCGACGCCCACGCACCACCCAGCGCCAGAAGUCCAGCACCCCUCAGCGCCAAAACCCAGACCGGGAACCAAAGUCGGUGCAACAAGAUGACUUCACACGCACUGAUCCCGAGGACCUGGCCGAGUUCAUCGACUUCAUAGCGAGUGAAACCUUCCCCUCACUACCCCCCACCAUCCAAACCCUCAGCUACUCGCCGAACACCGAUUUCUCCACCCCGGAAUACAGCCCCAAACAUCUGUCCGAGAUAACCAGCAACACGCUAUCGCCUUCAAUCACCGACACGUUGACGGCCUACGGGCUUAUCGAAUCCCCGUCCGACAUACCGUCUUUCCUGGCCCCAAUACUGGGGGAGUAUGUGAGUGCUGUGACGAAGCCCCCGCCGGUAUGGGCGACGACGCGGGCGGACGCGUGCGAGAUCUGCGAGAGGGAUUGGAUUCCGUUGUCGUAUCAUCAUUUGAUUCCGAGGAGUGUGCAUGCCAAGGUGGUGAAGAAGGGGUGGCAUGAGGAGUGGAGGUUGGAUAGUGUGGCGUGGUUGUGUAGGGCGUGUCAUAGUUUUGUGCAUCGGAUGGCGAGUAAUGAGGAGUUGGCGAGGGAGUGGUUUACGGUGGAGAGGAUUUGGGAGAGGGAGGAUGUGAGGGAUUGGGCCAAGUGGGUGGGGAGGGUGAGGUGGAAGGCUAGGUAGGUAGGUAGGUCUGUAGAAGGAGGCGAUAGCAUGUCUAUGUAUAUG